AUGAAAAAUGAAAUUGAAGACGCUAUUCGAGGACUAAAAGGCAACAAUCCCACCGAAAACCCUCGUAGUUCCACCGAUAAUAAAGAACUAAAAAUCUUCCUUUUAAUUGGAGGGAUUAUUAUUUUCAUUGCAGAAGAUAAAAUUAAUAAUCCAAAAAAAACAUCCGAGAAUUUAAAAAACUCAACUCCACAAAAAGAAAAAACCCGAAAGGCUAAUGAGAAAGAAAAUAAUCAGAAAGUCGCUGAGCAAAAGUCAGUAGAAAACGAGGAAAUCGCCAAACUUAAAAAAGAAAUUGAAACCUUAAAGGAAAAUAAUCUCCGUUUGCUGGCUGACUUAGAUAAUCAAAAAAAAAUACAUAUAAAAGAAUUAGGAAAAAUGAUAAGAUAUAGCAGUGGCAGAUUAUUAGAGCAAUUUCUCACUGUUCCGGAUAAUUUUGAAAGAGCAAUCCAGGCUAGUCAGAAUUAUCAAGACCCUAAAAUUAAAAACUUCUUAACUGGAUUUCAAAUGAUUUUUACUGAAUUCCAAAAUACUUUAAAAAACCAAGGAGUGGAAGAAAUUAAGAUUAACCUUCAAAAAGAUGUCUACAACGAAAAACUUCAUCAUGCCCUAGAAGUAGAAGAAAAUAAUGAUUAUCCCGAGGGAACUAUUUUACAAGUUUUUCGAAAAGGAUAUUUAUAUCACCAAGAGGUUCUUCGCCCGGCCGAAGUAAAAAUUAGUAAAAAGGGUGAAACAUGUAAGGUGGUGAUUAAUGAUAAAGGAGGAAACACUACUCCUUCGGUGGUUCUCUUCAACAAAGAAGGAAAGGUAGUAGCCGUCGGAAAAGAUGCCAAAAAAGAGGCUAUUCUCAAACCCGAAUUAGUGGUUUUUGAAGUGAAGCGAUUGAUGGGAAGGAAAUUUGACUCUCCUGAAGUGCAAGAAUUUCGCAAAAUUGCUCCUUUUCAAAUUAUCCGAGCGGCAAACGGCGAUGCGUGGGUUAAAGUAGGAGAAAAAGAAUAUUCCCCCCAACAGAUUUCCGCCUUCAUUCUCCAAAAAAUGAAACAAAUUACCGAGGAUUAUUUAGGGAAAAAAGUCAAGCAAGUAGUUAUUACCGUGCCGGCUUAUUUUAAUGAUGCUCAACGGCAAGCAACCAAAGAUGCCGGACAAAUUGCCGGCUUAGAAGUAAUGAGAAUUAUUAAUGAACCAACGGCCGCGUCUUUGGCUUACGGGAUUGACAAAAAGAAAAAACUUCAUACUAUUGCGGUUUUUGACCUCGGGGGGGGAACUUUUGAUAUUUCUAUUGUUGAAAUUAAUGAAGGAGUUUUUGAAGUAAAAGCAACCGCUGGUGAUACUUAUUUAGGUGGUGCUAACUUCGACCAAAAGAUUAUUGAUUGA